AUGGACCCACACUCCGGCUUGCUUUCCCCUCUGUCCCGGGCCUGCUCCCAUCUGGCAGAAAUCUGUAUGGAAGGGGAGAGAAGCCCAUCCCCGCAAGAGCAGGGCAGCGACUCCCCCUUUCCCUGGAGCCUGGUCCCCGACUCCAGCCUCGCUGACCCUGACUGGUUUUGGGAUGAGCACAUCCAAGCAAAGAGGGCCAGAGUGGAGACCAUCGUCCGAGGCAUGUGCCUCUCCCCUGACCCUCUGGUGCCGGGCAAUGUUCGAGCCAGGGACAGCUUGUGCUGCCCAGGGAGGGCCCAGGAGCGGAAGAGGAAGCAGAGCCUUCCCGUGCAGCAAGGCCCUCUGAAGUCUAGCCCAGCCAGGGGCCACGGUAGCAGGAAGGGGGGCCCUCGGGUGAGAGAACAGCUUCAUCUGCUGAAGCAACAGCUGAGACAUCUGCAGGAGCACAUUCUACAGGCUGCCGAGCCCCAGGACACCGCUCAGGGCCCAGGAGGCUCUGAGAAGGGGAGGGGCCCUCUGAGUGUAAAGCAGAAAAAUGGCUGCGGGUCUAGGCCCUGGGCUAUGGACAGUGACCACCACCAGGUUUCCAGUGGGGACCUCUCCGGGGUGGAAAAACACAGAGUGUCUGAGGUCGAAUACCAGUCUGAGGAACCCAGGUUCCUUCGUUCUGCAGCACGGGCUUUGCUGGAGAGUCUGAGGAAAGAAUUGACAGGGGCAGUGUCUCAGGCUGUGGACUCAGUAUUACAAAAGGUGCUAUUGGAUCCAUCAGGCCACCUAACUCAGCUGGGCAGAAGCUUCCAGGGGCUGGUGCCAGAGAGUAAAAGUGAGCCCUCACCUCCUGACGGAGGUGCCUGUAAAGAUCCACUUCCUCUGGCUGCCUUGCCCAGGAGGGCUCAGCCACAGGCUGGGGUCCCAUUGGGAAACUUAUCACUGGUCAAGCCUCUAGAUUCUCCUAGGUACCCUGUCUCUCCAAGAAUGAUCCCCAAACCCUAUCAGGGUCCUCCAGCAAACUGUCCCUUGACUGUGCCUUCCCACAUCCAGGAAAAUCAGAUUCUUAGCCAGCUUCUGGGUCAUGGACCCAACGGUCACUGGAGCAGCUGUCUUCCCCAGGACUCAUCUUCCCAAAGUCACCCCUCCUCAGAGUCUGCCCUGCAACCUUGGGGCGCUGUGAAACUGCGACCGUCGGUUUUGAGCCAGCAGCAGUACCCGCUGCCCUUCACUUCCACCCGUGUGGAAAGACUGCCCCUUCUUCCCUCGGUAAAGAUGGAGCAGGGUGGCCUGCAGGCUGUCACGGAUGCACUUCCUUUUCCUUCUGUCCACAUCCAGGAGGGGCUCAACCCUGGUCACUUGAAGAAGGCCAAGCUAAUGUUUUUCUUCACACGCUACCCCAGCUCCAACCUCCUGAAGGCUUAUUUCCCUGACGUGCAGUUCAACCGCUGCAUCAUCUCCCAGAUGAUCAAGUGGUUCAGCAACUUUCGUGAGUUUUAUUACAUCCAAAUGGAGAAAUUUGCCCGGCAAGCGAUUUCAGAUGGUGUCACAAAUCCCAAGAUGCUGAUGGUUCUCCGCGACUCAGAACUUUUUCGAGCUCUCAAUACGCACUAUAACAGGGGAAAUGACUUUGAGGUCCCAGAUUGCUUCUUGGAAAUCGCCAGCUUGACGUUACAGGAGUUCUUCAGGGCUGUCUCCACAGGGAAAGACUCAGAUCCUUCCUGGAAGAAACCCAUUUAUAAAAUUAUUUCGAAACUGGACAGUGACAUCCCAGAAAUAUUCAAAUCUUCCAGCUAUCCCCAGGAGCUGUUUCGGAAUUAAGAUCCUACAAAGUGAGGAGCAACUGGCCAGGGUUUCCUGGAUUUGUCUUAAAUGGCAGUUAGUAUAGCUGUAGUCAUAUAAAAAGGGCAUAAGGAGAAAUCCCCCAAAUAGGUACUAUUACCACUUCUGAUCAUUUAUUUCCUUUUCCAGAAUCAUCUAGAUGUUAAACCUUAACUAUAAAAUAUAUCAACCAAGUGUAAUGGUAUUGGUAGCAUAUUGUCAAAGGAACACAACAGUUUGGAAAAUUAAAUCUCCACUCCACUGAUUUCAGGUGUCGUGACUCUGCGAACUUGCAGGGUCUCUGC